CCUCAUCCCACCUUCCUCUCAACACCAUCCCUCUCUCCUCAUACUUUCCUGUUUUCUCUCUUUCUUUCUUUUUUGUGUAUCCUUUAUCUGAUGUUUGGCCAUGUCCUCCUCUUCAGAAUCACCAUCUGUCUCCUUCUCUCUCUCUCUCCCACACAAACACUCACACACUUUUGCCACAUGACAAAAGACGUUCUAUUUUUGCUCCCCAAACAGCUUUUUUCUGAUGUGGUCGUUAACUAAUUAAAGUUCUGCAUGUGUUGGCUGGAUGGAUCAGCUGUGAAAACAGCUCGCAAAGUUUUAUCACUUAUGCUUUGUCUGGGAUUGGAUUCAAACUGUGGAUUAAUUUAUUUUAUGAGAAGCUCAAAUGAGUUUCUGAAGCGGCGACACAGCGACGGGUGACUGAAGGAGCGGCCAGCUGCAGCCUAUCUGAAGAUGUCUGAUAAUGGGGAGGUCGAGGACAAGCCUCCAGCUCCUCCCAUGAGGAACACCAGCACCCUGAUUGGCUCCUGCAACAAGGACCCCACGCCCCUGAACCACGGCUCCAAGCCGCUGCCGCCCAACCCGGAGGACAAGAAGAAGAAAGACCGCUCCAUCCGAUUCAUCCUCACUGGGAGCGAUAAGACCUAUAAGAAGAAGGAACGUCCUGAGAUUUCUCUACCGUCAGACUUUGAGCACACCAUCCACGUCGGUUUUGAUGCUGUUACUGGGGAGUUUACUGGCAUGCCGGAGCAAUGGGCCCGUCUGCUGCAGACGUCCAACAUCACCAAACUGGAGCAGAAGAAGAAUCCUCAGGCCGUCCUCGACGUCUUAAAGUUCUACGACUCGAAGGAAACGGCCAACAGCCAGAAAUACAUGAGCUUCACAGAUAAAACUGCAGACGCCUUCAACUCCUCCAUCGUAACGAGCUCCAAGGCGGUGUCGGAGACGCCCGCCAUAGCAACCGUGUCCGAGGAUGAAGACGAAGACGAGGCCGAGCCCCCGCCGGUGAUCGCCCCCCGCCCUGAGCACACCAAAUCAAUUUACACCCGCUCAGUGAUCGAGCCGCUCCCUCCUCCUUCCACCAAAGAUGCAGCCACUUCCCCCAUCAUCCCACCAGCCACCGCCGCCGUCACCCCCGCCCCACCUGCAGAGCCGGCUCCCGGCAGCCCCCCCAGUGCAAGCCCCGCCCCCGGCCCGUCUCUGCCCCGCGCACAAGAUAAAAGCAAGAAGAAGAAGAUGUCUGACGAGGAGAUCCUGGAGAAACUACGGACAAUUGUUAGCGUGGGAGAUCCCAAGAAGAAAUAUACUCGGUUUGAAAAAAUAGGACAGGGAGCCUCUGGUACGGUGUACACAGCUAUAGACAUCGCUACAGGACAAGAGGUUGCCAUUAAACAGAUGAACCUGCAGCAGCAGCCAAAGAAAGAGUUGAUCAUCAACGAGAUUCUGGUGAUGAGGGAAAACAAGAACCCAAACAUUGUCAACUACCUGGACAGCUACCUGGUCGGCGAUGAGCUGUGGGUAGUGAUGGAGUACCUGGCUGGAGGUUCGCUGACCGACGUCGUCACGGAAACCUGCAUGGAUGAAGCUCAGAUUGCUGCCGUGUGCAGAGAGUGUUUGCAGGCGCUGGAGUUCCUCCACUCGAACCAGGUCAUCCAUCGAGACAUCAAGAGCGACAACAUCCUGCUGGGCAUGGACGGCUCCGUGAAGCUCACCGACUUUGGAUUCUGCGCCCAGAUCACUCCGGAACAGAGUAAGCGCAGCACCAUGGUGGGGACUCCUUACUGGAUGGCUCCGGAGGUCGUGACCCGGAAGGCUUAUGGACCUAAAGUGGACAUCUGGUCCCUGGGCAUCAUGGCCAUCGAGAUGGUGGAGGGGGAGCCGCCGUAUCUGAACGAGAAUCCCCUCAGGGCGCUGUAUCUCAUAGCAACCAACGGGACGCCGGAGCUGCAGAACCCAGAGAAACUGUCAACAAUAUUCAGAGACUUCCUGAACCGAUGUCUGGAGAUGGACGUGGAGAAACGAGGAUCCGCUAAAGAACUACUGCAGCACCAGUUCCUGAAGAUGGCGAAGCCUCUCUCCAGCCUCACUCCUCUCAUUCUGGCAGCCAAGGAGGCGGCGAAAAACAACCGCUAGCUGCCGCUGCUCUUGUUUGUCGUCAUGGUUGCGUGAGUCUGAGGCCGCCGGCCCGGUUACAAAACCCUCAGAAGGGCUUGAGUCGUUCUCUCUCUCCUCCUCUGAGUGUUUUCUACCUCGGAGCUGCUUUAUUUGCCCCGUCUCCUUCCACCUCGACCGCCUCGCAGAGAGGAAAAGCCCCUAAACACUCCACCGGACCCGGGCGAAGGGACCGAGGGCGUCUCCAGAGCCCAAAGACGGCGGCUCGUUUUUAUCGUUUCUAAAUCAGGACCACGUCGUUGGACGUUUUUUAUUUUGUUUUGGAAGCGGUUCCUUUUCCUGUUUUUUUAUGAAUCAAGUUUAGUUGUUGCGUGUCUGUCACCGUGGACCGUUGGGAUUUGAAUCAUGUCGAUCGCAGCGUCGCCCUGUGCGGAGCCGGUCGGGUUUGGUACUUUGUCGUGUCUUUGUUAAUGAAACACUGGUUUGCCCAGAGCCAUCGAUGGACGAGGUUCAACAUAAAACCGGAUUAUCGUCUUUCACUGGAGCACCAAAACCACAGGUUGCUCCUCAACAACUUUACGUCACCUUAAGCUAUUAAUUCUGUGGUU